ACUGUCUUUGGAACACUUUCUCCUUCACUUGGGAAUUUUUCAGUUCUUAAAACAAGUCAGUUUGGAGAUUCUCCUUUUUAUCCUGGAAAAACGACAUAUGGUGGGGCAGCAGCUGCUGUAAGACAGUCUAAACUACAAAACACACCCUAUCAGGCACCAGUCAGAAGACAGAUGAAAGCUAAGCAACUGAACACACAAUCCUAUGGUGUGACUAGUUUAACAGCUCGGAGGAUACUGCAGUCUUUAGAGAAGAUGUCAAGCCCUCUACUGGAUGCAAAAAGAAUUUCAUCUGUUUUUUCUUCUCUGAAUUCCCCUCUUGAUAGGAGUGGGAUAGACACCACCACAGAUUUUCAGGCCAGAAGGGAAAAGGUGGACUCUCAGCCACCCCCUGUUCAGAGACUCAUGAUUCCGAAGCCAGUUUCCAGAGCAGCAAAUCGAGCUGUUUACUUUAAACCAGCUCGGACCCCGUCUGGUGAAUUAAGGAGGACUAGUCAAAGAAUAGGUAAAAAGCGCAGUACUGGAUAUGAAAGCAACAUGACACCAGGGCAAAGUAGAGAACAACGAGAAAGCGGCUCUUCUUACCCAGAUUGCAGUGUGUCUGCAGCCAAUGGUUUGUCUUCCGGAGGAGGUGGUGGAGGUGGGAAGAUGAGGCGAGAGAGGACGCGCUUUGUGGCAUCUGAACCUCAAGAGGAGGAGGGAACGGAAGUCCCGGUAUUACCGAAAAACUCUCUACCCAUCACCGGUUCUUCAGUGCCUACCUUCAGUUUUAGUUCUUCUGUGAUCACAACUUCCUCUCCGUCACCCACUAGUCCUUCACAAUCAUUAACAAACCAGGUACAAAUGACCUCUCCAAACAGCACUGGCAGCCCCUUGUUCAGAUUUUCAUGUCCAAUCAUAAAAUCUACUGAGGCAGAUGUACUACCUCCCUCAUCUAUCCUGUUACAAUUAGGACUAAUCUAAGUCAUACUUAAGUUAGUUAACAUGUCUCUUGAAUUUACUUUAAUCUAGAAAAGU